CGCAUCCGGCGCAUCUCGCUAUUCUCGCUCGUUUCUCGUUCAUUCGUACCACAGCGUCGCUAGUGUUCGGAUGUGCUUGCGUAGCUCGGAAGAGUGAAGGGCAAAGAGAAUCGUUAGGCGAAGUUCGAGGUUAGGAGUAGGGUUGUGCGAGUAGAUAGAGAUAGUAGCUAGGUGUUUCGCGGUUUUCGCUUAGGUCUCGCAUUUAGCUUCGUGGAUCCCUUAGGUUCCGUGGACUCGAGCAAGAUGCCGAAGAUAUCAGGCAACAAAAGAUGGGGCGGCCGCGGUAACAACCGAGGAAACGAGGACAAAGAGUAUUUUGGUCUCGCGUCUAGCUUCGUGGAUCCCUUGGGUUCCGUGGACUCGAGCAAGAUGCCGAAAAGAUCAGGCAACAAUAAAAGGAGGGGCGGCCGACGUAACAACCGAGGAAAGGAGAACAAAUGGUAUUAUGGUCACGAUGAUCGUACGAAACAUAGCGUGUUUAAGCCUUACCGCAGAGAUAGGUCGCGGGUGUUUCCGCUUGUUCAAUCCAAUGGGUAUAAAAUAAUUAUACCAUUUGGUAAUAAGUAUGAGAAGGAUGAAGUUAUUCAUGCGCUUCUCAGCUGUAUGCCACCUCUCUUCUGGCAAUUCAUUCCCAUAAUGUACAAGGUAAUAGGCACUGAAGCCAGUUUUUACAUUGAUGACCAUAAGACGGCGAACGCAUUGUUGCGUUGCGAUCGCAAGGUUCGGAUGAAUGACGGAUUCCGGUUACAAGUGAAGGUGAAGCCCGGAUUACCAAUUUGUGAAAUUGAUGAAAAGAUGAAAGAACGAUUGAAGCAAGCCAUGGUCAAGAGAUAUGUACCAGAGAAAAAUGCUCUUGACCUGUCAAAGUUUCAUGUUGAUUCUGAUCUUUACUCGGAUUACUUUUGUGCGUUGUGCCACCCUGUUAUGUUGAUGGCUGUAUUAGAUAUUGUUGGGGAACACAUUCCCAAUCUUGAAGAAUUGAAUUUAGAAGGCAACGAGUUACAGAAUCUCGAGAUACUUGAGGUGUUGAACAAGAAGUUCUCGAAAUUGAAGAUUCUUUAUAUUGGUGAUAAUAAGAUCCAAGAUAUUAAACAACUGAAUUGUAUAAACAAUUUAAAACUAGAAGAAUUAACAUUAUCCGGAAACCCUAUAUGCAAUAGAUACAAGUCUCGCCACAGUGAGUACACAAGUGACCUUCGGAAGAGAUUCCCGAGGUUGCUACGAUUGGAUGGCAAAGAAUUACCGCGUCCAAUUAUUCGAAAUGAGCAGUUAGACAUUAUUGUUUCAAAUAUGUCUACAAUCCAUCUUGUUUAAACAUUUAAAUUUUGUUUAAACAUCUGAAUCUUGUUUAAACAUCUGAAUCUUGUUUAAACAUUUAAAUUUGCACACAAUACAUCCACAUGAAAAUUGUUAAAAGUCAUCAUUUCUAUCUCAUUACAAUCUUGUUUAAGAAAAGUCAUAACUAUGUUUAUAUUCUGAUUUUUAACAAAUUUCAUAUGUAUACAGAUAUAUUAUUGUUUGACAGUACUAGUGAAAACAGUAACUUUUCCAACAAUUAUUUGUAAACCAUACUUUUUUCUGAAAUUAUGAAAAUGUUAAUUUAAAAAUAUUAUAACGUACAUAUGUUAAUUAAGUACACAUUUUUGAACAAAGCAGAAGUGAUGCUCCAACAAGAAUCAGCUAUUUUGCGACAACAAAACAAAACGAGCUGUAAAAACAUGUAUCUAAAGUUUUAAUGGAGGGCUUCAAGUUUUUAUAAGAAUAAUUAUAGAUAUCUCUGAUGUGAUCUUCAACUGGAAGCUUUCCAUUAAAACCUUACAUACAUAUGCUUUUACAGAUUGUUUUGUUCAUUGUUACAAAAAAAUUGCGAUUUCUGCUAGAACACCAUUCUGCAUAUUUAGGUAUUUUUGGGUAAUAUGUAUAAUGAAAUCACUGAUCAUUAUGUAUAGGAUUUGAUGAACUGAAUAUUCCCAAAAAUAAUUUUUAUACUUUUUCAAGCAGUUAUUUGGUAAUACUAGUGAUCAUUUGGGUUACUGUUCAUUGGUGUUGUUACCGUGAUUGCAAUGAUGUUAGAUACAAAAAUUUAGAUUUGUUAGAUUGGACUUUCUUCCAAGAGAGAGAGAGAGAGAGAGAGAGAGAGAGAGAGAGAGAGAGAGAGACAUUUAAAAGAUA